AACGUUGUAAGCUACCGCGAUCUUCAACCGAGCGAAGAAAUCCUUACUGUCAUGGCGCUUCUCGUCGUGGUACGGUUGCUGCUGCUGUGCUGACCCUGGUACUCGACGACAUCGCCGUAGUUGUACUGCGUACCGGGCUCCCAGUGGCGAGUCAUGAUGGGUGGUAGAUGUGAAGAAUGAAGUGGAACAAAGGAAAAGUUGGGUAGCGGGGUUCGGUGGCGUUGCCCCAGCCCAGGCCUCCAGUGCUUUUAUUCUGUCGGUUCAGCCCUAAACGUCAUGCGGCAUGCUUUCAACGUGCCCUGGCGAAGAAAGGACAGGGUUUCGACAGCCGGAAUCGUGAAUUGCCCGGAGCCAAAAUUAAAGUCGCGAAGGGCACGCGAACUUCGAGGCCGCGCGCGGAGGUCCUCGGCAGAGCGACAUGACCUCAGGAUCGCUUCGCUCUGGCGCUCGGCAGGGGACGUCCAUGCUACACGCGGACGCGACGUGCUCGUAGGCCAGCUGCUGGGGCCACUAUUGUCAGGAAGAGGAGCCGGCGAAGUUCCAUUCCGGGAGCAUGGUGUGCGCAAGACUGAUCGAGGUGACCGAAGCGCCGGCACGCCUCCGAACAGGUUCGCGGGAGCGCGUCCGAGCCGGGAUCAGGGCAAAGUCCCGAGGUCAGUCGUCCGUUGAAAAGGCAGCGCGCAAGCCCAGCUGCGGUGAGCUGCGGUAAGACGAAGUGCUCUUGAUAAUGCUGCCUUUUUC